AUGGGUAAGAAGACAAAGGUCAAGCCGACCCACUCCUCAGAUCAGCCACCAGCCAACUGGACAGCUACUCGUCCCCACAAGUACUGCGGGCAGAUGGACGCUGCCAGCCCGCGCAAGGGCAAGGCAAACAAGACACACCACUGCGAAGCCUGCGCCAUCGCCAAAGCCCGUCUCCAACGCCUCGACUCCAAGGCCACUGCCGACAGGAGGGAGUCCAAGAUGACCUGGAUGGCUGGCGGUGACGAGACAUGGGCCAGCCUCGACCUGGUCCUGAUGGGCUAUCAGAAGCCCGGGUGCCAAAAGCGGCACGGCCUCGUUAUCGAGGCAGCUGAGUGCCCUACGGUUCUCUUCUGCCGCAGUUUAGCCAUAGUUGACUGA